GCCAGCGCCGCGCCUGCUCCGGGAGCCCGCUCCGCCGCUAGGUGCUUCUCGCCCACCUCGCUCUCUCCCCGCUGCCUCCGAUGGCUGUGGCCCUGCGGCCGGAGCCCGCGCGCUGACGGAGAAACUUUUCCUGUCGUUUCUUCUCCCCACCCCCUUCUCGGAGAGGAUUAAAAGUUCCAGGAGCCGGUGCCGCCCGUGCCACUUGGGUACUCGCCGGCGAGUUCCGAGUCUCAGCCAUGUGCACCAACAUAGUUUACGAGUGGCUGAAAGCGUUACAGCUCCCGCAGUACGCCGAGUCCUUCGUGGAUAAUGGCUACGAUGACCUGGAAGUGUGCAAGCAGAUUGGAGACCCCGACCUGGACGCCAUCGGGGUGCUGGCUCCCGCGCACCGCCGGCGCAUCCUGGAGGCUGUGCACCGGCUGCGGGAGCAGGACGCGGCCGCCGCGGGCCUCUAUUUCACGCUCGAACCGCAGCCGGUGCCACCCGCACCGCAGGUGGACGCGGUGCCCCCAGGCCGCCGGGGGGAGCCGUGUGGUGGCUCAGCCCAGGGCUCUCGCGGGGACCCCUGUGGCCAGGCCAGCGCUCCCCGCAGCAGGGAGCUGGUGAGCUACCCUAAGCUGAAGCUGAAGAUCAUGAUCCGGGAUAAGCUGGUCCGCGACGGCAUCCACCUGAGCAAGCCCCCGUACUCGCGCAAGGUCCCAAUGGCCGGCAUCCUAGAGUACUUAAUGAAUUGGCCGAAGUCAUCACAGAACCGCUAGAUAUCAUUUUUGAGAGCCCGUGGAGGACUGAUGAGGUGAUGAAGACUGGAAAAGGGCAUAUUUAGAACCUUCUUUCACAAAGGGAACUGGAUGGUGACUCUGGAAACACUCAUCAGCUUAACUUUUGCUUGGAAAAUUCUGGAAAAAUCAACUUAGUAAGCAAAAACUACUACUCACUUGUAGUAGUUAGUAAUAAGGCAGAAACAUACCACCCAUAUAUACUGAACUUGGUUUUAAAAGGACACUCCAUGUGGAAAGGAGUUCGAUGUACAUCUCUUGGAAUUUCUCUCCUUUGUUCUUUGACGUUUUCAUCAUAAUAUAAGGGUUGACUAAGACUUGUGGGUAAUUUCUAGUUUUAAGUAUACUAUA